UCUCCAAUUAGACUCGACCACGUGUCCCCCACCACUCCCACUACUCAAUUCAAUAUACACGUUCAACGAUUCCCAGAAACCCUACCUUCCUUUUUGCUUCAGACUUUUCUGCAAUUGCUCCAUCGCUUCUCUGAGCGCCUCCAGCUACUGUUUCAGUGCAUUGAAAAUGAGCCGUGCGAAAGAACCACAAAAGCCUUUUCUGCCAUUUGGAAACCCUUUCCGAAUGAUAUCACCGAAAGGUUCACAACUUUCUCCAAAGCUUCUUCGUCUGUUGAAUCAGUUUGAGGAGACACUGGCAGGUAGAAUUAAAAUGCUUAAGCCAGCAGCCAAGGAAGAUAUUCUCAGCUUAUCUUGGAUGAGAUGUGCAGUGGAGUUGCUAUGUGGAAUUCAUAGCGACAUAAAAUCUUUGAUCACGGACCUUGAAUUCCCUGUUUGUGAUUGGGAUGACAAGUGGAUUGACCUGUAUUUAGACAAUAGUGUAAAGUUGCUUGAUCUCUGCAUUUCGUUCAGCUCGGAGAUUUCUCGGAUGAAACAGGGCCAGCUUUUUCUUCAAUGUGCCUUGCAUAACUUGGGUGCUGACUCCUCAAAGCAGUUUGUGCGUGCACGGUCGUCGCUAGAUGGAUGGAGGCAGCAUAUUACUUCAAAGAAUCCAAGACUUGAUAACUGCUUCUGUGUCAUGGAUGGUCUUGCCCAAAUGCUUGAGCUACCAAAAAUUAAGAACUCGGCUAAGGGCAAGGUUUUGAUGCAAGCUAUGUAUGGUGUUAAGGUGGCUACUCUUUUCAUCUGUAGUGUAUUUGCUGCAGCAUUUUCUGGUUCCACGGAGAAGUUGAUGGACCUAAAGGUUUCCGAGACAUACUUGUGGGCCAAAGCUUUUAGUGAUCUCCAGAUUUUUGUAAAUACUGAAAUUAGGAACACAGACUCUAGUCGAAGGAUGACUGUACUGAAAGAGCUUGAAGCUGUUGAUACAGGUGUCCAGAAGCUAUAUCCCAUUGUGCAGGAUGGGGUUGAUCCUGUUGAAGCUAAAAUACUGCAAAACUCAGCAUCUGACUUGGGAAGGUUUUCUGACAAACUUUCACUAGGAUUGGAUCUGCUUGCAAAGGAGGUGGACAGGUUCUUCCAAAUUGUUCUAACAGGCCGGGAUGCUUUGCUCGGUAACAUUAGGACCAGAAUUGGUGAUAGCAUCUCUGACCAAGUCGAAACUAGAAAAAAAAAAUUAGGUCCAGCGAUUAGGUGAAUAAUACGUGGGUCUGUGUUGCUUUGGAAGUGUAUUGUAGUUAUAAGGCUCAAGUAGCAAUGUAUGUUCAGUGGUGAUAUGCGUUGAUUGAUGUGUUUGAACUCAUAUGUAGUAAUAGUGUUGAUGAAAUAUAAAUCUUGUUUGCUUA